UGUAAAUAAAAAAAAAAAAAAAGGGUGUCCAAAGGGUGAUUGGUCAAAGUCUAAUUUUGGUUUUGUCGUUUAACUCACUGUGGUGUCUAGAAGGACAGUCAAUGAUAGUAUAUAAGCAGGCUCUCGUCAACAUGAAUGUUUAUGAAAAACUCCAGUGGUGUACAAACAAGACACUAGCACCGGAAAGUUAUGCUCUAGCUGUAACGGGACAUAAAACAUCUGUGAGAAAGACAGGAUUGAACGCAAGUAAAGAGACCACCACAAUGCAGAGGGAUAUUUAUGGAUGACAUGGAAAAACAGAGAUGGAUUUGCAGGAAUUGGUUGGAUGAGAGAAGAUUUCUACUCAAAUAUAAGUUUUUCUCAUGUGAAAUAUUUCAUCCAUUUAUUUGCUUGUUGUCACUACUAGUUCUAGAGUGUCUGUCAAGACAUAAAAAAAAAAAAAAACCUUCUUUCUUGUGCAGAUGUGAUUCAGAAAUGCUGCCAGUUGUGACACAUGUUCCCUCUAUGGGGGAACUCAAAUUUAAAAUCCAUCUUCACAACCUUCCCGUCGACAGAGAAAACAUCAGGAAGGCUCUGUUCCGUACGGUUCUAAAAACCCCAUAAGCUACAAGGCAAAUAACAACCAUAAACAAAACUGUAACCUCUUCAGCUGCAUCCUGUUUCCAGAGACAGAAAAGAUUCAAAAGGUCUCGCUCUGGGAUUUUUUUAUUACGUCCCAAAGGCCUCAUAAAAGUAGUUAGAUGUUCUUGUGGAUCCACUGAGCUGCUCUUAUCAGGAACCAGAUCUACAAAGUCCUCUCUAUGGCCAGCAGACAUUCAGUCAUGUCAAUGUGCAGUUUUCAAUGUAUGGAGCGCCAAAUGCUCAAGCGUGCAACCCGCCGUACCCCUACAGCCAUCAGUGUUCUGAGUUCACCUGUGAACCAGACAUGGAGGUCCAAAGCCCAACAAGAGGGAGCACUGUCGGUCUUCCAGUGCUAAAAAGACCCAGGAUGGGCCACGGAGCUCGAGUGAAGGGCCAGGAUGAGCUGUGUGUCGUCUGUGGAGAUAAAGCCUCAGGAUAUCACUACAACGCCCUCACCUGUGAGGGAUGCAAAGGUUUCUUCAGACGCAGUGUGACUAAAAAGGCAGUGUACCGCUGCAAGAGUGGUGGAAGCUGCGAGAUGGACAUGUACAUGCGGAGAAAGUGUCAGGACUGCAGACUGCGCAAAUGCAGAGCCGUCGGGAUGCUGGCAGAGUGUCUGCUUACAGAGGUGCAAUGCCAGUCGAAGAGACUGAGGAAGGGUUCCAAGCACCGAGGACACAGUGGGUCAACAGGAAGAGCUGAGGACGAAUACUCUGAAAGCAGAAGCGUCUCGUCCACCAGCAGAUUCACCACUCGGGUAUCUGGUUUCUCCAGAGAGCAGAGAUGCAUUCUGAAUAGAAUUGUUGAGGCUUAUCGCAGGUACAUAAUUCAAGACAACACGCACUGCCGGGUGCCUCUGUGGUCAAGUUUGACAAACAAUAUAGAUCUCACACCUCCACAGGCGGAGAAGCUUUUGCAAUUUUUAAGGAGUGUACCUGGGUUUGAGCUUUUGGAUGGUUCUGACCAGAACACACUUCUGUCCAGCUCUUCAGUUGAGGUCAUGUUCCUACUCUUGGCUCAGCAGUUCUCAGAGAGCAAUGCUUUAUACCCAGCAAAUCCAAAUAACUCAAACCCCGAUUGGGUGAAAACUUUAGAGUCCAAGACUGGGGACAGCCACAGGACACUGACACACUCAGGUUUGAAUGAUGAGUUCUCGAGGUCUGUGGUAAAUUUCCUCCACAGCAUGGUGACUAUUGCAGUAACUGAGGCUGAAUAUGCACUUCUAACAGCGACCGCAGUGUUAUGUUCAGCAGACAGGCCGUCUCUGCGUGCGGUGGGCUGCGUUGAGAACUUACAGGAGUUUGUUUUGGAGCUCCUGUCCCGAGCUUGCUGCUGCUGCAGUCAGGGGACGGCACAGGACCCACGACGCUUCGCCAGGCUCCUGGGACGGCUGACAGAGCUGAGAACACUACGACACAACCACCUCACCCUUCUCCCACAGCAGCCCUGGGACAUGCAGCCUUGAGACAGCCUUUAGGGAGAGAGAUUUAUGACAUAUGAUCUCUGUUGCAAUACACUUUUCAUUUUUGCCCAGAACAAUAUCCCAGGUCAGUGUACUUUUGGUUACCCGUGUGCAAACAUAGUUUAAUAAAAAAACAAAAAACAAACAAAAAAAAAAACAAUGUAAGCCUCAUUUCUUAUAUGCAUAAAAUAAAAAUGUUAAUGUUUAA